AUGUCCUUCCCUCCUUCCCUCACCGCCCUCUCCAAAAAAUCAUCUACACAAUGGACAGCUCACCAGCGUCGUGAUUGCUACAUCAAACAACGAGCAUUUUCAGCAUCCCAUCUUGCAUUCAAACUCCUCGAACUCGACAUCCAGCUCAAUUUCCUUGACCAUGAGGAUGUGAAUGUCGUCAUCGACCUCAGUGUGGUGCCUGGAGGGUGGAGCCAGGUCAUAUCAUGGUGGGCGUUUGGGGUAUGGGUCCGAGGAGGACAAAUGGAAGAGGAGAUUGCUCGUAGUGAAAGCAAAGGUCGUGGUGCCAUUGUUGCUGUUGACCUCCUUCCAAUGAACCCCAUUCCUGGCAUUUGGUCUCUCCAGAAGGACUUUCUCGACCCUAAAACGGAUGCGGCGAUUACGAACCUCUUGCAUUCAUCCAUACCUGGGCUCAGAUGGCGGAAGAUGGGUAAAGCCUUGGUGGAUGUCGUGCUCUCAGAUAUGGCCCAAAUAUCUCUGGGAAUGAUUUGCAUGACUCUGAGGAACCAUAUCAGCUUUGUCUGGCAGUGCAAGCAUUUGCGAACUGAGGAGCAGAUUGGUCGAUGGUACGAAGGCGUGUUGGUGCCCCAGACAGAAUAUCAGAUGUUCUCUGGCUUGUUGCAUAAAAUGAAUGUUCCUCAUUUGGGAGUGCUAGCACCAAGCACUGGCAGGGAACUUCACGCGGGAUUUCAAGUGCUUCUCAGCAGGAUGUCUUCAAUGGCAUCCUUUUCGUCCUACUCCUUCACCGCAUGCACAACUGUGAUCCUCUAUGAUGUGUUCCUCUACCUUCCUACUGAAAUUGAUAAUGUCUGGCUUCCCCGGCCUGUACAUCCCCUUUUACUGCUGUUUGCAUUGAACCGCUACCUGCCCUUGGUCUAUGUGGUGAUGACCAUCAACUGGCUUCUGCAUAAGCCCACUUGUGCCCAGUGCCAUCAAUUUGCCUUUGUCGUGAGCCCGCUCAUGGCCCUUGGGGUUUUCACAUCGCAGGUGGUCCUCAUGAUUUGCACGUAUGCAAUAUGGGAUCGACACAGAGCGGUAUUCUGGUGUUUUAUUGGGCUUGGUGUCUUCUGCUUUAUACCAGGGGUAGUUUGCCUUGCUAUAGAACUCAAGACGGUGCAAUUCAUUGAACUGCCAUUUGAUCUCCCUGGCUGCUUGAGCAUUUCUCCAACCACAGCCGAGGUGUUCUUUGUCCCUGUACUCAUUUCAGAGAUGGUCAUUGCUUCACUCACGCUUUUUAAGGGCAUACAGCACCUCCGCCAUUCUUCUCAUCCUUUUCUCAUCGAGUUUUACAUCUCUGGGAUGUUCUUUUAUGCAUGCCUCUUCCUCAUUACUCUUGCAAAUAUCCUUGCCCCCACGUGGGCCAACACACCCUUCCUUGAUUAUGUUCAGCUUAUCCUUCAUUCCAUCCUGAGCAGCCGCAUCAUGCUGCUCAUUGUCAAGCAGCGACGAAUACAUCAAUGCUAUCUGGAUGAAGAGCCGUACACAGGUGAUAUUGAACUGUCAGCUAAAAAUCAUCAGAAGAUACCAGCUCAGUCUAAUGAGAUGUUUGCCCCUGAUGGUCCUAGAAACGACUUGAAGAAUAUGCCAGUAUAG